UCCUUGCUUAUCCCAUUUGCCUGGCUCUCCAUAGUCUGGGAUCACAUCAUAAGGACAACAUUGGCAGCACUUGGCCUGAAGCAGUCCUGUCAGUGGCAAGAACCGAGAGCAGGGAUGAUAACGCAGAGAGCGAAACAAGACUUACCAGGACGACUUAGUUCUGGAAGAGGAGAGGAAGGAAUGUCAAAGUUCAAUUGCACUGUCAGUGACAUUACUGUAAUGAAUCUGCAGCCUCAGAAACCUAUCCUAAUACUACCAGGAGGAGAAAAAAAGGAGAAUAAUCUCAGGCCUCCCAAUUUCCACCGUUCUGCUCCCAAUCUUUCAGAUACAAAGCUAACAAAUGAGGAAAUGAAAGCACCCAAAGAAGGGAGUAAAUCUUUCAAAUUUUAUACAGCAGAGGCUCAAAGCAUGGAUAAUCUUGCACUGAGGAGACCGAUGAAAUUGACUCCUCUUGAGAUCCCCUUGGAGGUGAAAGAAGCUCAGCUGAAGAAGAUGAUGAGCCUUCAAAGGGAUGCUCAACUGGCAGCUUUUAAACUAGCUAGUGUUGGCUCUUUUAAUAACGAGCCUCAUAUUAAACGGGUUAAAAAUGUGGCACUGGCAGAGAUGGAAAACCUUCACAAGGUCAAGUCAGUUGAGAAGUCCACUUUAGAGAAUCAGGAUGAUAUUCAUUUAUCAGGUGGCUCUAAGCCCUUGUGUGAGAUUCAGAUUAUUGUGCCCACAGAGGGAAAUGGCAAGAUAGCCAAAAACUCUCCCAUGCCAUGUCGCAAACCUCUAACCCGCCAGUAUGUGUUUGAGAACCUUGAAACCUCUGAUACUCAAGAUGAUGCAAAGAUUCCAGACAAUUCUUCCCAGGGAUCUGGAAGACACCGUUUCAAACUGAAGCAGAUGAAAGAACAACAUGAGCACUCAGGAAAAAACAAACCUCUGAAGGCCAUAGGAACGGGCCAGGAGGAUGUAAAGUUGAAAACAACAGGGCAGCGAGCUCAUAAGACUCUCAGUGAUGCAACCAAGUUAAUUGACACUGUAGCCAAAAAGCACAGAAGCCAAAGUGGUGAGCAAGAGGACACAGAAGACAUGGGAAGACAAUCCUCACGAAGAAUGGCUCUUGGGGACAUUAUCUUGGUUGAUGAUGAGUGAAUCUGGACCCUAGCUCUCAUCCUUUCAGGCAUGAGUCCAGAAUAUUUGCGGUUUCUGCAAUGUCAUAUCCAUGAGGGAUAAUGACGGGUCAUUUUUUCAAGUAAUCUACAGAUAGAUUCAUAGAUCUAUAAUUCUAUAGAAUGGAAUAGACUGUCUUUGAGAGUGGUGGGGUCUCCUUCUUUGGAAUUCUUUAACAGAAGUUUGAUGACCGUCACUCAAGAGCACUUUAGGUGUGUCAGUCCCUUCUGAUUUUUGCAAUUCGUUCUGAUGCUAGGAUCUCCCUCUCUUUCUCUGCCUCUAGUCCUCAUCCAGGAACUGAAAGUCUCCAAGGAAGUUCUCAGCUAUAAUCCAUCAGAGGGAGGAAUACAUGUGGAAAUGUGGAAAUCUGUGCUGCACCCUAAUUGGGGGGUGCUAUUCCCUUGCAAUUUCCAUUGACUCUAAUGCUGGCUUCGCUUUAACACCAAGUUAAAACUUGAUUCUUUAUAUUUAGCUCUUUACCAAAUUCUUGUGGCAUAGAGAACAUGGCUAGAACAAUUGGUUUGAAGUGUUUUGUAUUGUGCUGUAGUUUAAAUUGUGUCAUGCUUUUUAAAUGUUUACAACUUUUCUGUAAACUGCCUUGAGAUAUUUUGAUAUAUAGAGGAUGGGAGAUACAUAUUUUAAGAAAUAAACGAGCAUGCUGCUAACAGUUUUAUUAUGCCCGAACAAUGUGCAAUAAAUACCACUUGACCAUAUCAA